UAAAAUGGAGGUACUCGUUUAGCGGUAACCAGGGAAAGUUGUUUACAAAGGAAACGGGUCACUUGCCACUUGGCGAUACUAUGACACGGCUUUUUAUCGACACCAUGAUGUAAAUAGUGACUUUAUCUGAAUUGUAAGGGUGUUUGGUGCGCCAAAAGAUCCUCAUUUAUUGCAGGAUAAAAAGAGGAGUUAAAUAUGCCUGCACCUCUCCGGAAAAAGACAGUAGUCUGCUACAUUUGUGGUAGAGAGUUUGGUUCCCAGUCUUUGUCAAUACAUGAGCCACAAUGUCUGAAAAAAUGGAAAGCUGAGAAUGACAAGCUACCUAAAUCCCAGAGGAGGAAGACGCCUGUUAGACCGCAGAUUUUACCAUCUAUUGAAGGAGGUAGUGCGGAUAAUGAAAGAUUCAAUGAAGCUGCUUGGCAAAGUGCCCAAGCACAGUUAGUGCCAUGUGAAAAUUGUGGCCGGACAUUUGCACCUGAUAGACUACAAAUCCACCAAAGAGGAUGCAAACCAGGUAAACCUAUGCAACCAUUGAAGGCUGGCACAGGAGGAACUAGUGACAAAGGGGACAGACCAAGGACAACAACUAUCACAGAUCCCAAGGUGGUGAAAAGUGAAAACUCAAUAGGAGACAAAACUGUGAGGGUAGAGAAACAAGCAGAAGCUACACCUGGCUUAGAAAAAGAGGGGACAUUCACUACAUCCAAAAAGGACCCUCCAAUGUCGAAGGCUACACCUAACCCGGGUUUUGUUUUGUGCUAUAUUUGUGGAAGGAAAUUUGGAACUAAGUCCAUUGAUAUACAUGAACCACAGUGUUUAGAAAAAUGGAGGAAAGAAAAUGCUCAAUUACCAAAAAGUCAACGAAGAAAGACCCCAGUAAAACCAGAGAUUGUUGGGGGUGGAUCUAAUAAUAUUGAAGCCAUGAAUGAGGCAGCAUGGCAGAGUGCCCAGUCUCAGCUGCUGCCAUGCGAUGGAUGUGGACGGACAUUUGCCCCCGAUAGAUUAGCAGUGCAUCAAAGGGCAUGUAAGGCCCCUGGAGGUGCAAAAGGUAAAACACCUGCUGCUACAUCUACAGGCAGGAGCUCCCAGUCCAGUGCAACUGGAGGAGCAAGUCCUACACCCAAAAAAUCAAGUGCUCCAGCCCAGCCACAGUUUGUUUUAUGUUAUAUCUGUGGGCGAAAGUUUGGCUCAAAGUCAGUUGCAAUCCAUGAACCUCAAUGUCUUGAGAAAUGGAAGAUAGAAAAUAGUAAGCUUCCAAAAGGUCAGAGACGACCUGAGCCUAAGAAACCAGAGGUGUUACAGUCAGGUGGGAAGUAUGAUGUAGAGGCUAUGAAUGAGGCUGCGUGGCAGAGUGCUCAGGCUCAGCUGAUACCAUGUGAUGGUUGUGGCAGAACAUUUGCUCCAGACAGACUUGCUGUUCAUCAGCGGAGUUGUAAGGGGACUGGCAAAGGUGCUGGACCCACAAAUAAACCUGGUGGAACAAACCCUGGUGUUUCACCUGCUGCUUCAACAGGACCAGCUGGUUCAACAGGGAAAGGGGAUCCCAAGGGCGGUCCAAGAACAGUGGUGUGUUACAUCUGUGGAAGGGAGUUUGGUUCAAAGUCCAUCUCCAUACAUGAACCCCAGUGUCUGGAAAAAUGGAAGAAUGAGAACAACAAGCUUCCAAAGGAAAGAAGGCGACCCAUUCCCAAGAAGCCAGAGGCUGGACAACCACUGACAAGAGAUCAGAUGAAUGAACUGGCUUGGGAAAAUGCCAAAAGUCAGUUGAUUCCAUGUGAAAACUGUGGUCGAACCUUUGCCCCGGACAGACUAGAUGUCCACCAGAGGGCGUGUAAACCCAAGCCCGGCCAAGGUCCUUCAAAAGCUGCUGCUGCUGAACCAUCGAAGCCUCCUCCCGUGAUUAAACGGCCUCCGACCAUGGUGUGCUAUAUCUGUGGUCGAGAGUUUGGUUCAAAAUCUAUCUCAAUCCAUGAACCCCAGUGUCUAGAAAAGUGGAAAAUAGAAAACAACAAGCUACCAAAAUCACAACGAAGACCCGAACCGAUCAAACCUGAAGUUAGAAAAAUCGGAGCCAAGGGAACCUAUGACAUAGAUGCCAUGAAUGACGCUGCCUAUGAGAGUGCUAAGGCCCAGCUAUUGAAGUGUGAGAAUUGUGGACGUACUUUUGCCCCUGACAGGCUUCCAGUUCAUCAGAGAAGCUGUAAACCUAAACCUCCCAAGGAGUAACAGAAAUGAAGCUACCUCUAACAUAGACCCAAUAUUGGAAAUAGUAUACAUGUACUAUGAACCAACUUUUAUUUGUAAUACUUUAUUUUUGCGAUUUAUUAGUCUGAGAGAUAAACCGGUUAAUGGUAACUUAUUUUUGCCAUCCUUUUUGCCUUAUCGAUCCACACUCAAAUGUUGUUUUAAAAUAAACCCAUACUGCAACGACUGGUUUGUAAGUACAAAUGUAUAGAAAUAUUCAUGAUAAUAAGGCUCUUGCAAACCUCACAAAAAUUUCUUGAAUGCAAAUGAGAGUUGGUUCUAUUAUAUAAUUCUGAUAUAACUUUUUUUUCCCUAAGAGUCUUGCAAUAUAGAGAGUAAUUAUAUUGCGGCAAUAGCUUAAGGUCAAUUUAAAGCUAACAUUUUUAUUUUAGAUUAUUCUGAUGUGUGAAGUUUUAUAGUAAGAUUUGUGUUACUUGUUUAUAAAUUUGCCACAGAUUGAUAGCAGUUCACAUUAUUGAGUGAUUUCUCUUCAUCCAAUUUAGAAUUUACCGUCAAGCAUGAAAAUUUAUUGUUUAUUCUAUAUUAAUCACUUGAUGAAUUAAUUAUCUUUUAAACACUUGAACCAUUCAGAAGUCAUUUAAUAGUUUGUCAAAACGAAAUUUAGAGGAAGGACAGUAUACAAUUUAUUAUUUUUUUCUCAUUUCAUGAUAAGUAAUCUGAGGCAGUGCAUGUUUGCAUACUUCAUGAUAAAGUUGUCACAGACUGACAUAUCUUGCAAGUUACUGUUAAAAUUAUUUUACUUCAAUUGACUGACUUUAUGUAGUAAGCAAUGAUAAUUUUUUAAAUAUUGUUACAUGACUUGUUUUUAUAAUUGUGAACUCUAAAUGUUUGAUUCUCAUAUUGUUUGAAGUAACUUCAUCCUAGUAUAUUUAACUGACCACCACCAUUUCAUGCUCAGAACACUUGAUAUAUUAUGACAUAUUUCUGCAUGAAUACCAAAUAUCUUGUUGACAUUUGGAUAUAGAACUUCUGAGUUAUAUUUUCUUACUCUCCAAUUUACUUGCCUUGUAUCUGUGAUAGUUGAAGUUAUUAUUUAUGUAUUUUAUAAAUAUUGGCAUAUUUGAUUCAAAUUACUUAAGCUGUUGUGUGCCCAUUAAAUGUUUUGCAAACACAUUAAAGGGGUACACUUAAUUUAAUUUAUAUUUUUACUAUAAAAUACAUAUUUUUACUAUAUUUUAAUGUAUCUAUUAAUUUUUAUACUGAUAUUUAUAUUUUAAUUCCAUCCAGUUGUUUUCAGUCUUUUGAUCUAUCAGAUAUUGCCACUUAUCUAGUCCAUUUUCUGAUGUCAGACCAUGCAUUUUGUUGGUAAAAUGUUCACUUUAACUAUUUCAAUGUGUCCAUCAAGAGUUUCUUUUCUUAUUUUUUUUCUGACAUGGCAGAGAAAAAAAAUUAAAAUACUUUCAUUUCCAUGAAAACAUGCCAAUAAUUUUUUUUCUAUAUUUUUGAAUAUCUAAUCUUGAUUAUAUUAUUACCUACGUACAGGGGGUAUUUUGUUAUUUAUGAAAUUUGUUUUUUUAUUUUUCAUAAACGCGUAUUGAAGAUGUCUCAUUGUACCAACCCUUUCAUAUCAUAUAUAAGAUUCAAUAGUUAGGCACUAAUGAAGGCAUUUAAAGAGCACAUGUGUCUGUCGUGAUAGGCAUUUGAAGAUUUCUUUAAUUUAUGUUUUUAUUUAUUUAUUUUAUUGAUGUUUUUAAUGUUCUGACAGGGUUGUUGUUUUAAUUAUCUUGUUUGCAAAGUUCUUGUUAAUAAAUCUUUUUUCUUAUUGAAUAACCUCAUACUGAACACCUACACAGUUAUAAACACUCCUCUUACAAAAUAAGAGAUAUAUUUAAACAAUCGUACGUUCCCCCAAUAAACUUUUCAAUUUUUUCUGCAAACGUUCACAUUUUGGCCAACUGUACAAAACGAAUUUUUGAAUAAAGGGAAUAUUUUUUAAA